AUGGAUAUUCUUCGGGUAUUAGAAAAUGCUCUUCUUAAUCCUGAUCCAAGUAAAAGAAGUGAAGCUGAAGCUCAAUUAAAUGAAGCAGCCAAGAAUCAUUUUGUCGAAUAUAUAAGCUUACUCACUGACGCUUUAGCAAAUGAAGAAGCUAAGACUGAAGUAAGGAUGUUAGCUGGUAUAGGCUUGAAAAACCAGCUAACAUCAAAGAAUAAUAAGUCUAGGGUGGAACAGCAAAAUCGUUGGAUUGCUUUGGACCAUGCGGCAAAGACGAAGAUAAAGGAGACAUCUUUAAAAGCAUUAAUGACAAGUGAUGAAAGAGUCGCGGGUUCUUCAGCGCAAUUAGUUGCAGCAAUAGCAGAUAUCGAAUUGCCUAGAAGUGAAUGGCCGGAAUUAAUUCCAAUCAUAAUUGAGAAUACAAAGACAGAAAGACCAGUUAACAUAAAGAGAGCUUCUCUAUUAACAAUUGGCUAUAUAUGUGAGAGUGCUGAUCCGAAUAAUUCCGCUAUUGUGGCUCAAGCAAAUGGCAUUUUGAUUGCAAUAGUUCAAGGUGUUCAAAGCAACGAACCUUCUAAAGCGGUCAGGCUCACAGCAUUAAACGCAUUGGUGAACUCUUUAGAAUUCAUUAAGUUUAAUUUUGAGCGUGAAGGUGAAAGGAAUUAUAUUAUGCAAGUUGUAUGUGAGGCUACUCAGGCUGAUGAUACUGAAAUUCAAGCAAGUGCCUUCGGUUGUCUUGCAAGGAUAAUGUCUUUGUAUUAUAGAUUCAUGGCGUUGUACAUGGAAAAGGCUCUUUAUGGAUUGACAGUAUCUGGAAUGCAGAGUCCAGAUGAAAAGGUGGCCUGUAUGGCCGUUGAAUUUUGGUCCACGGUUGGCGAAGAGGAAUUAGAGAUCGCUUUGCAACGGGAAGAGUAUGGAGCUGAUGCGCACCCUGAGUUAGUCAGCUAUAACUUUACGCUAGUAGCAAUUCAAGAUGUCUUACCGACCUUGUUGACGUUAUUGACAAGACAGAAUGAAGAUCCUGAGGACGACGACUGGUCUGUAGCAAUGGCAGCUGGAGCUUGCUUACAAUUAUUUGCUCAAAAUACAGCAAACUAUGUGGUAGAGCCUACCUUACAAUUUGUUGCAGCAAACAUAAGCAAUACAGACAGCUGGAGAGCGCGAGAGGCAUCUGUAAUGGCCUUUGGUUCCAUUUUAGAUGGUCCGGAUCGCGAUCAGUUACGAGUUUUGAUUGGACAGGCCUUGCAGCCUAUACUUUUAUUGAUAAGAGAUGAAUCCUUACAAGUGAAGGAAACUGUUGCAUGGUGUCUUGGUAGAAUUGCUGAUUUGGUCAUUGACGCUAUCGAUAUUAAUCAACAUUUACCGAGUCUCAUGGAGGCAUUGGUUACGGGAUUGCAGGAUCACCCAAGGGUUUCUACUAACUGUUGCUGGACAUUAAUGAACUUAGUGGAGCAAUUGUGUUCCGACGGUGCUUCCAACCAAACUACAGUCAUGUCGCCAUAUUAUGAGACUGUUGUGCCAAUAUUGGUUCAAUUGACUAACAAAACAAACAAUGAAGCAAGCUCAAGAGCAUCGGCUUAUGAAGCUCUAUCUACUUUUGUUGUCUAUAGUGGUGCAGAUACGAUGCCUGUUGUUCAAAAUGUAGCUACCGAAGCCUUGAACCGGCUAGAAACUGCAAUCUCUAUGCAAUCUCAAAUUGUGGGAGGCGAAGAUAGAGCUAAUUUGGAAGAACUUCAAGUGAAUAUUUUGUCAUUAUUAACAAAUGUGAUUAGGCGAUUGGGUAAUGAUGUUUUGCCAGCCUCUGACAAUUUGAUGUCAAUGCUUUUAAAGUUGCUUGAAGCCCAGCAACCAAACUCUUUAAUAGAAGAGGACAUUUUGAUAGCUAUUUCUGCAAUUGCAGGUGCAAUUGGUGAACAUUUUGUGAAAUAUAUGGACGCAUUUUUACCAUUCUUAACGAAAGUGCUUCAAAACACUGAUUCUCCUACUUCAAGUACAGCUGUCGGAUUAGUGGCCGAUUUGUCACAUUCAUUAGGGAGGGCAAUACUUCCAUAUUUGGAAGGCUUGAUGAAUAUUCUUGGUGCAAAUUUGAAUAAUGCUGAUGUUAGGAGAGAGUUGAGGCCGCCCAUUUUGUCUUGUUUCGGAGACAUUGCUGGAUCAAUUGACAGUAACUUUCAGCCUUACACUGACUUUGUUAUGCAGAUUUGUAUUCAGGCUUCAAAUAUAGAACCUGAAGAUAGUAGCAUGGAUACUGUUGACUAUAUACUUAACAUUAAAGAAUCUGUAUUGGAUUGUUAUGUUGGAAUUGUUGGUGGAUUGCAUGCGUUGCCCCAGGUAAUAUACCCUUAUGUUGGAUCAAUAUUUCAAUUCAUUCAGAAUGUGUCUGGAGAUAUCAAUUUGUCAUCAAUGGAUUCAGUCGCAAGAUCUGCUACUGGGUUGAUCGGCGAUAUUGCAGCAAUGUUUCCAAAUGGUGAGUUCAAGCAAGUUUAUCAACAACAGUGGGUCACGGACUUUAUCAAGAAAACACGUUCCAACCAAUUAUUCCAAAAUUCUACCAAGGAUGCUGCUAGGUGGGCAAGAGAUCAACAGAAGAGGCAAUGUAGCUUAUAG